UCUCUCCAUGCUCCAAAAAACAUAAAGAAGUCUUGAUUUUUAUUAAGUUUGCGAUCUUCCUUUUCUCUCUCCUUAACCUUCACCCUCCCCCACCCUAUCCUGCACGCCGUUCUUACCCCUUAGCCUUUACCAAUUCUUACAUGACAACAAACCCCGUCUGGAAACCAAAGAAGAGAAGGCGAAGACGACGGAGGGGUGAAGGCUAAAGCGGUCAAAACCUUAUCGUUUUCCCGUUUCUCUUACCAUCAAUUGAUCUUUGCAGUCUGUGAUUUGCUGAAACCACAAAAUCAUGGAAGUUUUGGUGGGACCCACUUUUAGCAUCGGCGGAGACGUUUCCUCAACUGGGUCGACGUACGUUGUAGCUCCACCGCCGCAAGAGAAGCACCAGGUGGGGGUGGCGCCGCCGUUCUUGUUCUUGAAAGAUGGUGACGGUGAUGAGAGUCCGAUCUCGAGCCGUGCCGGCUCCGGUUCUCACCCGGAUGAUUUAUCUGAUAGUUCGUCGUCAAUCGGAGCUCCUGAUGAUAGUGAUGAAGAUGAAGAAGACGGUGUUGUUUCGUCGAAUAACGCUUUGGAUUCCUUGAAUUCUAUGGAAGAUGCUCUUCCCAUUAAGAGGGGAUUAUCAAAUCAUUUUACGGGGAAAUCGAAGUCAUUUACAAAUUUAGCAGAAGUGAAUACAGUAAACACAGUGAAGGAAUUGGAGAAGCCAGAGAAUCCAUUUAACAAAAGGAGGAGAAUUUUAAUGGCAAAUAAAUGGUCAAGGAAAUCUUUUUACAGUUGGUCAAAUCCAAAAUCCAUGCCACUCCUCACUAUGCAUGAAGAAGAAGAUGAUGAUGAUGAAGAUCCUAACAAGGGAUUAGGAGGAGCACAGGACGAAGAUAGCGAAGAAAACCCAUCACUGACGCAAGGCAUCAUAGCAAGAAAAUUGCAAGAGAAGAGGCUUAAUAAGUUUGGUUUGAAGUCUCAAAGUUGCUUCUCUCUUUCAGAUCUACAAGAAGAAGAAGAAGAAGAUAACGAUGAUGAAAAUGAUCAAUAAUAUCAUUACUUUUUUACCUUAAAUUUAGUUUAGGGUUUCAUUUUGUUUUUGUUCUCCACUUUAUCAUAGUUUUUAAAUAAAAAAAACUUUAUCUUUAA